AUGGUUUCACGAAAUUGUUUGAAUGCCUACUCUGGGCCAGAUGCUCUUCGAAACUAUUUCGACCCCGAUCACCAGCCGAUGCUUCCUCUUGUCGAGAUUCCACCAACUUUGAACCCGUACUACCAGGAUGGGGUCAGAAUACACGCAAAGAUGAUGUCUAUGCAUCCGUCGAACAACGUCAAGAUCAUGCCUGCGUUGAACAUGUUAACCAAAGAGGUUCAUCCGGAGAAGUCGAAAACAGUAGUUGAGUAUAGCUCGGGAUCUACAGUUAUUUCCUUAGCACUGGUCUCUCGUAUAAACCACGGGAUACAAGAUGUUCGCGCGUUUCUAAGCAACAAGACUUCGGCUCCAAAGCUCCGGCUCAUGCAAUUCUUCGGUUUGGAUAUUACUCUCUUUGGAGGUCCGUCUCAGCCGGAACCGCAUGACAAACGUGGCGGCAUCCAUCAAGCGAGGAUGAUGGCCGAGCAAGACGAAGGGAUUCUGAACGUCAACCAGUACGAAAAUGAUGCGGUGAGCUAUCCGGUAUACCUUUUCCAGCGCAUCCUUUACUUACGUUCGAAGAAUUGGCAAUCGCAUGUCAAAUGGACUGGACCGCAGAUUCACCAACAAUUACCUAGCAUCAGUCUCAUGUGCGCUGGGAUGGGUACCUCUGGCACCAUGACGGGUCUCGGCCAGUACUUCAAAUCGGCCAAGCCUUCUGUCAUUCGAUUAGGUGUAUGCACUGCCGCUGGCGAUCGGGUACCGGGGCCCAGAUCGCUUGCUCUUCUAAGCCCUGUGGAAUUCCCGUGGCGCGACUCUGUUGAUGCUAUAGAAGAGGUCGGAUCAAAGGAUGCUUUCGGCUUAUCUCUACAGCUCUGUCGGUCAGGACUAAUCUGCGGCCCCUCUUCGGGUUUCAACUUGCAGGGGCUCUUUAAUUACCUCGAGAGGCGGAAGAGCUCAGGAACAUUAUCCGAGCUUGCAGGUGCCAACGGGUUGAUUGACUGCGCCUUCGUUGCUUGCGACGGACCGUACCAGUACAUGGAUGAGUACUUCGACAAGCUGGGUAGUACUGCUUUUCGACCCAUACACAACGAGAACCUAGCUGCAGUUGACCUAUACCGCUACGACGAAGCAUGGGAACUUACUCCUACACGAGCGCUGUCACAGUUUGCCGAUAACGUUGAAGAACGCACUGGCGCUGUCUUGCUUGAUCUGAGAAAGCCGGAAGACUUUGUUACGAGUCACAUUCCAGGAUCAUACAACCUGCCGCUACAAAGCCUCAACGCGUCUACGCUGAGCCCCUUCUUAGACGCUGUGGUCCUCGAGAAGCAAUGGAGAGAGUUAGAGGCUACAUUCACACCCGAUCGCAUCAACGCGCACGAUCUUGUUGGGAAAAACGUAUACAUCGUUUGCUAUGGUGGCGAUACUGCCCGCGUUGCCACGAGCGUGCUUCGGGCAAAAGCCAUUUCAGCGAGCAGCGUGAAGGGUGGCAUCACUGCAUUACGGCAGGAGCUACCGAACUUGCAGAUGAAUGAGCGCGGAAGAGGCCUGAUACAGCAAGACUGGCUUAAGAUGCCGGAGGUCGCUACCAAAGAGUUGAGGGCUGAUUCAUUGUCUCCGCAAGUUCGUAGCCUGGAUGGCAUCGUAGUGUAG